AUGGCCGACAAAGGAAAGCCAACACUCCCAGGUCUACCUGGCGAGAUUGUCAACAACAUCGCACGCGAGCUCAUCGACAUCGACGUUGCAUCGCUUCACGCUGUUAACAAGGCGCUCUUCGAGAAGACCAAGUACGCUUAUGCUAAGCGCUACUUGACCCACAUUCACGUCUUUCUUCACCCCACGAGCUUCGAAAAGCUACAUCGCUUGGCUAACGACCCAUUCUACGCCACUCUCAUUGAGCACGUCACCAUAUCUACCUAUGUGCUUCGUGAUGGUACUGAUCGCCGCAAGGGGUCAAGCGUCAAACCCUUUGAAGAAGAAAAGUCGUUCAUCCUCAGAUCUGCGGCACAAGCGAUCACCGACGUACUGAAGAAGACUACCGCCCUGAAGUCGUUGACUAUCUCGGAUUUCAGCAAUGGUAGCACAUAUUGGCCCUCAGAUGAUAGGGAGCCACCCGCAUGGGGUAUCAAGGAUCUCAAUCGACUCGUUACGUUUAAACGCGGCAAGGCGGUGGUCAUUGGGUACCAAUACCCUGACGACUUGAAGGUGUGGUCCACUCGGAUUAAGGCUUUCGAGGCUGCCCUUAUCGGCAUGGCGAACGCUAAACUUCCGGUUCACGUUGAGCUGAGGAUGGUUCUCGAAGGUAAUGCACCCCGUCCACUUUCUCCCACAGCACAGCCCCUUUUCCUACAUGUUCUGUCUUCCGCCGCACAUUUUUCUACCAAUGUGGAUACCUACGUGGACUCCCGAGAGAACGUCGACUGGCUCAGCAAGAUCAACCCCAUGACUCUGAACCUGGACUACGACUUGGGUGCCUGGGAGGCUCCUGAUGCUCCUGGCCUUCAUCUCCGUCACUAUGAUCGACUUGCAAACGUUCGGAUCACGAACGCAAAGACCGACAGCUUAGAGCUCAACGACUUUCUCAAUGCACACUCGAAGACGCUCCAGCGUGUUGAGUUGAAGAACGUCUGCCUCUUGUGGACCGAUCUCGGCGACUACCCGUGGAGAGUCAUCUUCCUGACCCUCGCAAAAAUGGCAGCGCUGCAGCACUUGUGGCUAAACACACUCUCUGCGGUCCCGCUCGAAUAUGAAUCUAGAGAUACCGACUGCCGUGCUUUCCAGGAGGUCGCAUGGAAGACCAAAUUGCACGUCUCCCAUGGCCUCAACAUCCUAUGCGAUUAUUACAAUCGACAGGGAGCUCGCAGCACGUUCGUCGAUAUGGACUACGUGGAUGAAAAGAUUACGGAGUUGUACGGAGUGACAAUAUAG